UAUUUUGUCCAAAAUGGAACGGAAUAAUGUUGCGCUUUAAGAAAAAGUUUAAAGCAUUGGACUAGAGCAAAUACUUUUUUUAAUUUUCUUCUGGAUGAGAAAAGAGUUUAAAGUAUCAUUUGUAGCAUGCAUGAACCUGUUCCCAUAUUCCCCUAAUCCUACUACACCUUUUCCUAGGUUAAGCUAUGAUUAGAACCUUAAAGUUGGCUGUAUGAUGCAUGAACUUAAGCCAAGAUUUUCAGAAUUUUGUAUUGUACUUUUAUACGAUUUAUUAAUUACUGAACUAAUCAUUUACUCAGUUCAACCUUCCAAUGUUAACUAUGCUUCUUUAAGGAAACGUGAUAAAUCUGAAUAUAAUUCCCAAAAAAUUAAGCUUAAACCAGAGAUGUUGUAGGGGUUACAUCUAUUGUGGGUACAUGUGGGGUUGCAAUAUUCUGUUUCUUUCCCUUUUCCUUUUCAAAUCAUUAAAUAUUGUUGUCUCUUGUCAUGAAUUAUUGUAUACUCUCAUUGUUUCCUAUAUAUAUAUGUCCUAGAUGCAUUUCACAGCAUGCAGAGGUCAGAUAACUAACUGCCUACAUAUUGUAUAAAUCUCUAUCCUCUAUAUUUUGUUAUUAUUUCUUGGAAAGUAUGGCUAUUGUUGAAUCAUCCCAACCUCUUUCAAUAGAAAGCUUUUCAUAUAGUUGGCUGAUAAACCUAAAACCAUCCCUCGAAAGCCUCAGUGAAUCCUUUCGGGCUGCUAUGGAUUCAUCCGAUGAGUCUUUCUUCAUCGAGAUGGACCCAAACAUGCCAGCUUCAAAGAGGUUCAAGAAACUCGAUAAAGAUUUUGAUUUCAAUUUCAAUCUUCCUUUUUCAGAACAAAGUACGGCUGCCAUUGUACACGCUGAUGAGCUCUUCUGUGACGGCCUCCUUUUGCCUCUUGUUAACUCAUCAAGGAACAAAGCAUAUAGUGAUUCAAGCCCAUGUGCUUCUCCUUCAUCAGAUUUUCAGAUCAGAAAUAACGUUUCAGGUGAUCGGAAACUCCGUUGUUCUUCCUUGAGAAGGUGUAGGAGUUUACUGUCCAGGAAAAGUUUUGAAAAAUACAUGUAUUUUUUACUUCCAUUGUUGGAAAAGUUGAGAUGUUGCAGAUCAAAAUCAAAACAUAGAGGAGAAACAGAUGAUGGAAUCUGGGUGAAGAAUAAUAAUAGCAGGUCAUCAUGUUCGCCACAAGCAUCUCCUCGAACAAGUGUAGGUUCGUUACCUGGUGAUUUAAGGCGGUCUUGUGAUUCCGAAAGCUCUAUUCACGAGGCGGUCCUUCACUGUAAAAAGUCUAUUGGUAUGUGAUUUUUUAUAAGCACAUCAAUAUUCUGGUAGCUAUGUAAUGACAGGUUCUGUACAUACUACAUAGAGAAGGAACCAUAAAAAUACAAGUACACAUUUUUGCAGAGAAAAAAGGGAAUGAGAGGUGCAGAGACGAUUGUGUCUCUUUCUCACCCUCAUCUACGUUACUCCCUCUGUCUCAUUUUACUUGUCCCACUUUGACCAAAAAACUCUCACAAAAAUUGGUCAAUUUACUUGUCCCACUUCGACCAAAAAGCUCUCACAAAAAUUGGUCAAACGGUGCAACUAAAAUGAGACGGAGGGAGAGUAUGUAUUUUCCCUUUCUCUGCUACCAUUACGGUGCAACGUAAUGUGUAGUGGUCCUAAUUCGGAACAAGAAGAAAAAAAGGAGCACAUUCAUAUACCAGAAGAUUUUCUUUCUGAUCUUUUUUCCCCCCUUGUGACCGAAACAAAAGAGAAAGAAAUUGCAUUUUUGAUGAUAUAUAUAUCGCUCUGUUUCAUUCCAAUUUUAUCAGAUGUCUUUAGAAAGACGAUAUGAAACCCGUGUUUAAACGUUUCAUGUAAAACUCCGUAUCUAAAACGUGAUACGCAGUACUGAGUACGGAUUUUGUUACAGAAUUUGAUGUGUAAUAUACGGAGUACUACGUAUGUGAUAUGAUAGUUUAACAAGGAAGAUUGGUUUUUCA